AUGCGUGAAACCCAUCACUUAUUAAAUAACGUUGUAGCAACAAAAACAGAACAUCAUCAACACUGCAACCCCCAUCUGAAAACCCAUCACCAACCUUUCCCUCAUCACACUUGGAAGAAGAUGGGUUCAAAAUCAGUGACUUUAACCUUUGAGGAUGUGGCUAAGCAUAAUCAGAAAAAGGAUUGUUGGAUCAUAGUCAACAAAAAGGUAUACGAUGUUACUCCAUUUUUGGAUGAUCAUCCAGGAGGUGAUGAGGCUUUACUGUCUGCUACAGGGAAGGAUGCGACCUUGGAUUUCGAAGAUGUCGGCCACAGUGACUCGGCAACAGAGAUGAUGGAACAGUACUUUGUUGGGGAGGUUGACACCGCAACACUCCCAGCAGAAGCUAGGAACAAUCAACCUCCACCAAUUCAAACAACUACCUUAAGCAAUGAAUCUUCUGGAUUUCUCUUUAAGUUCUUGCAGUACUUGGUGCCAUUGCUGAUAUUGGGCUCUGCAUUUGCUCUGCAGUACUAUGGGAAGAAAAGCAAGACCAAUGAAUCAUAA